GAAAGACAAAAACAGAAAGGGGGAGUCAGUCAAGUGGAGGUCAGUUGGUCAACCAAAAUCUUGUUGACAAAGAAACUAUAUAAAAAAAAUAAAAAAUAAAAACCUGAUUAGGUCAAUCAUGUGGUUAGGAUUGCAUCUAGAAACGCCGCCGUAUAUCGUCAAAUUCCAACAACCGAUUGCAUCAUCCGUCAGGUUUUCUUGAACCUGUUUACGGCGCCGUUUGCAAAACUUGUUUUAACCUGGCGUGGCCGCCUAGGUGCAGAUACGUUACUGAAUUACUAAAAGGCCCCUGAAUUAAGGUCUAUGGCGGUUACAUAUCCAACGGCACAAUUUUCAAAAACUUAACCUUCAAAAGGUUAAACCCCUUCAAGAGCCGAAUUUCUUUUCAGAAACAAAGCAAUCAAUCGAAUUCUUUGACCGCUAAAUCAGCCAAUGUUUUGAUUAUUCCAUAACUCUCAAUCGGCCGAACACAGCACAAUCAUCAUUCUGUUUUGGCUCUCUUUUUAUUUUAUUUUAUUUUUAUCGAUUUUCUCUUUGUUGAAUCUUGUUUUUGUUCUUGUUGUUUUUAAUUUUAGUUUAUAUAAGUGGGUAUUGUUGUGUUCUUGUGUUUUUGUAGGCUUUGAAUUCAGUUGGAUUCGUUAUGGAUCCAAGAUGGGUAUAUUCUUCUACCAAGACUCAUUCACGAAGCCCUCUUCAAGACCGGUUUCUUCAAAGAAAGAACUGUGAAAACCUGGACAGAUUUAUACCGAAUAGGUCAGCUAUGGACUUCGAUUAUGCACAUUAUAUGCUGACAGAAGGGAGGAAAGGCAAAGAGAACCCAACUACCGUUUGGAAUUCACCAUCAAGAGUGGCAUACCAGAAGCAGCUAGCUGAUGCUUUUAAUAUCAACCGGACUCGAAUUUUGGCCUUUAAGAAUAAACCACCUGCUCCUAUUGAUCCAAUCCCUCAUGAGCUUUUGUCACCAUCAUCUUCACCAUCUGUUCAUAAGCCUAAAACUGCCAAGUCUCGGCGUCACAUUCCUCAGAGUUCAGAGAGGACGUUAGAUGCACCAGAGAUUGUUGAUGAUUUCUACUUGAAUUUGCUGGAUUGGGGUAGUAGCAAUAUGCUUGCAAUUGCUCUUGGAGAUACCGUUUAUCUUUGGGAUGCUUCAAAAAGUUCUACCUCUGAACUUGUCACUGUUAAUAGUGAAGAUGGUCCUGUUACUAGUGUCAGCUGGGCUCCGGAUGGACGUCACAUUGCCAUAGGCUUGAACAGUUCUGAUGUUCAGAUAUGGGACCAUAGUGCUAAUCGCCAGCUAAGAACAUUAAGAGGUGGCCAUCGGUUACGAGUAAAUUCACUAGCUUGGAAUAAUUACAUUCUUAGUACUGGAGGAAUGGAUGGAAAAAUCAUCAAUAAUGAUGUGAGAAUAAGAGAGCACAUUGUUGAAACAUAUAGGGGACACCAACAGGAAGUUUGUGGACUGAAAUGGUCAGCUUCAGGCCAGCAAUUAGCAAGUGGAGGGAAUGACAAUCUUCUUUUCAUAUGGGAUAGAUUAAUGACAUCUUCGCGUUCACCAACCCAAUGGCUCCACAGGAUUGAAGAACACAGAGCUGCAGUGAAAGCCCUUGCUUGGUGUCCCUUCCAAAGCAAUCUAUUAGCGUCUGGUGGAGGUGGGGGUGACAGGUGCAUAAAGUUCUGGAACAGUCAUACUGGCACAUGCUUGAAUUCAGUAGACACAGGCUCGCAGGUUUGUUCUUUAUUGUGGAACCAGCAUGAGCGUGAAUUACUAAGCUCCCAUGGGUUUACUGAUAACCAGCUCACUCUAUGGAAGUAUCCAUCUAUGUUAAAGAUGGCUGAGCUAAAGGGCCAUACCUCUAGAGUCCUCUUCAUGGCUCAGAGUCCAGAUGGAUGCACAGUUGCAUCUGCAGCUGGGGAUGAGACACUGCGAUUUUGGAAUGUAUUUGGAACUCCAGAAGGGGCAAAAGCUGCACCAAAAUCAAACCCUGAGCCAUUUGCCCAUAUAUCUCGUGUCCGUUGAAGAUCAUUAGCUCAAGUGGUGGCUGGUUACUUAUGGUGAAAAGAAAGACUGGCAGAACUCCUGAUUAUCAGCGAACAUGUCUUUGUUUAUCAUCUUAUAGGAAACUUGUUUAGAACAAAAAAAAAAAAAAAAGAUGAAUCACAGUAUAGUCAUUGCAAUGUACUGCAACCUUGUACCAGGAUGGAAUCACCAUCUUGUUGAGCCAUAAAUUGCUGCCAAUUUAUAAACUCGUAUACUUCGCUGUGGUGCUUCUGGUUCAUAAUAUGAUAUAUUUUAAGCUUUUAUCCUCGAGAGUGGGGAAUCUUGUGCAUCAGGAGCUCUUGUGUUAUUUGAGCCAGCCCUUGAAGGAAAGAAGGUGAGUAGCAAAAGCCAAAAGACAUGGAAGAAGGAUAUGCAUCCAAUGCCUAUCAGGAAAGUAUCCAGACCUCGCUUUUAAUAUAUAAAGUGAGCUUGAUGAUCCCAACCUGCUCUCAUAAUAACAUGAAAUAAAGUUUAGGCCAUACGAAAAGUGCAAAUUGUCCUAUUUUUGUCAUGACUUUCUAUGAUAUUAUUGCAUUCUAUUAUGUAAAUAUAUAUAAAUAAUUAAAGGAAUUCUCAAUUUCCUAUUGGCAACAAAAGGUCCAAGAAAAGGGCAAAUGGAGCCUCCAAAAUUCCUAUUAUUAAGCUAAAGGGAAGCAAAAAGCGAAUGGUUGGUCCUAUUUGUCAGUGUACGGCCUUGAUUAACCCUUCUGUAUUAGAUAAGAUGAGGGGGCAGGCUUGAAAGCAACAAAACUUUAGUGGAAACCAAUGUACUAUUAGCAACUUACAUAUCAAGAUUCUUGGUUUAUUUUGACAGUUAAACUACCUUAAAUCUUACUCCUAUCCGGAUUGGAAUGUGAUA